AUGCCCGAACUUGCUCAGAGCUUGACUCCCGAUCAGCUCGAAGACAUUCUGGCACGAGCCUGCUUUGCCUGCGGCCCGGCUGACGGCAGUGCUGUACCCGAAGUAUCAUAUCGACUGGCCGACGGCACAAUCAUCCGCCUCAAUGAAGCCAUCCGCACGAAUGUGGCUGACGUUUUGUUUGAAGACGACGAGUUUGGCGACGGCCUCGUCACGGGCAUCCUCACAGCCCUCCAGGCGUGUCCCGUCGAUGUCCGCCGUGAGCUUGCCAAGAACCUGGUGGUAGUGGGUGGCCACGCCCACCUGCGAGGCUUGCGAUAUCGCCUGCUGCAGUCAUUACCACACACUUUGCGCUCCAUUUCCGAGUCAGCAAAUGAUCAUGUCGAGAAGGGGCCACAGCGCUUUCGCGUUCGCCUCGCUUUUGACAUGCAAUACACCAGCCCGCUUUACACCAUGGCCAGUACGGUAGAGAAGAUCAAGAUGGAGCUGGCCGAGGAACUCUCAACGGCUCUCUGGCGCGACGCCAUGGUCGAGCAACCCAGUCCCGAGUCAUUGGUGCUGACAGUGGAAACACUGGAACCAGUCAAGACCGAUGGCAUGAAGGGCAAGAUUAUAUCCGGCAAGACCACUCUGGUUAUGAGUGAGGCCGCGUGUGAGCCUGCUCCCAGCGAUGAAGCGCGGGCCUUUGCCAUUCACGAUGUGCCGGUUCAAAGCAAUUGUGUCUUCUGGACAGCCGCGGCCGUGUUUGCCGCCCUUCCGGGAAAUGAAAAGUACUUUUUAAGUCCAUCCAAGUAUCAGAAAGACGGCACUCUUCCUGAUUGGGCCUCCAUCGUGGAGCAAGAACUAGUUGAUCCGAUGCGAGCCACAACUACGACGACGACCACUAGCUUCUUGGCCGGCACCCCCGGCGCUGGUGCGCGCAGUGUUCUCAAGACCACCACGCUGCGUCGCAGCCUUCAGACAACGGUGGAAACCACACAUCGCCUAUCAAGUGGUCCACGGGCGACGGGCCCCGAUUCUGCCGUUGCUUCCACUCCUGCACCCCGUAGUGGCAGUGGCAAUCCCCCGACAGCGUCCGAGUGCUUGGCUGGUUACUUUCGCAUGCGGCUUUUGUUCCAACACCCCAUCUCGACGCCAUCGUGCAAGCUCUUGCCUGCGUAUGUGAAUGAGCAAGAGACAUUCAUCGAAGUGUUGCGCUGCGAGCUUAUGUCUGCUUUGAAACCCAUCUUUCAAAUGCGUGGCAAGGAGGACACACUCCUUCUUUUUUUGAAACAAAAAUGCUGA